AUGAACCCUAUUAAGUAUCUACUUGAGAAGUCUAUACUCGUCAGGAGGGUCGCCAAGUGGAAAGUAUUGAUAUCAGAGUACGACAUCGUCUAUGUCUCACAAAAGGCAAUCAAAGGCAGUGUCCUAGCCGACUACCUAGCGAGCGGACCAACCAAGGAAGAGCACGCGAUGAACAAUGAUUUCCUUGACAAGGAAAUUUUGGCCUUUGAAAGCGAUACAGGAUCAGACGACAUGAGACACAAGCUCAUUGUUGUACGCUUAAAGAAAAGGAUGAUGGCCACCCUUGGUAUUUUGACAUCCAACAAUAUAUCAAAGAGGGUAAAUAUCUGGUUAGGGCAUCUGACAAUGAUAAAAAGACAAUCAGACGAAGGGUCGUCGGAUUCACACUACAUGAAGGCAUCCUAUACAAGCUUUGACUCGGUCUUGUUGAGGUGCGUAGGUCAAUAUGAAUCCCAAUCCCUAAUGAAGGAAAUCCACGAGGGAACUUUUGACACCCAUGUGAUAGGUCAAGUCAUGGCUAGAAAGAUUAUGAGGGCAGGAUAUUUUUGGUCAACCAAGGAGAAGGAUUGUAUCUUGUAUGCCAGAAAAUGUCACAGAUGCCAGAUAUAUGCCGAUAACGUUCAAGUCCCACCGAGUGAGCUCAAUGUAAUGGCUCCACCCUGGUUUUUCUCAAUGUGGGGCAUGGAUGUUAUUGGACCCAUUGAACCCAAGGCCUAA